ACGGGCUCUCCGCCGCCGCCGGCUUGUCGUUUCCGUUAAUCCAAUGGGCCGAGCGGGUCAGGAUGCGACGCUUGGGGUGUUUCCCCUUGGUACCUCCGCGUGCGCUGGCAGUGGAGGAAAGAAAAAACAACAACAGCAAAAAAAAGGCUUUAAAAAUCCUUGUAAAAGCAGCUACAGGGGAAGGCUCGUGCCCGCGUGCGCGGGCGUGCAGGGGAGGCGCGUGCCUGGGUGCGCAGGGAAGGGCUAUUUGGAGAGCGGGGUGUUGUGAAACUCCCGCAGCGGAGGCGGCCGUGUCCUGGCCGGUUUCCCGUGAAACUCAGGGUGGCCCCGACGUGGGAGCAGGAUCCUUGGCAGGAGCCCAGAUAACCUCCGAGACGAAAGAAGUGCCUGAAAACCAACCCGCGGACAUCCCCUGCUCGGCGUUUCGCUCGCAGUCGAGCAACCCUCGCAUCGAGUGGAAGUUUCAGAAGGGCUCGUCGCUCGUGCUCUUCUACUACGGCGGGCAGCUCACAGAGCCGUACAAAACGCGCGUGAGGUUCUCGCCCACCGUGAUCCACUUCGCGACGGUGACGCGGGCCGACACGGGCAAGUACAUCUGCGAGGUGGUGGGGGACAACAGCCAGAUCGCCAAGUCGGAAGUGAACCUCAUCGUCCAAGUGCCUCCUUCCAAGCCCGUGGCUCACGUGCCCACCUCGGCCACCAUCGGCAGCAAGGCCCUGCUGCGAUGCACCGAGACGGACGCCUCGCCGCCGCCCACCUUCCAGUGGUACAAGAACAGCAUGCUGAUGCCCGCGGACCCCAAGACCAGCCUGACGUUCAAGAACUCCUCCUACAGCCUGGACUCCACCACUGGGGUGCUGACUUUCGAGCCCGUGAGCAGCUUCGACACCGGUGACUACUACUGCGAGGCCUCGAAUAACGUGGGGUCCCCCCAGAGAUCGGAGGCCAUCCACAUGGAAGCCAGCGAAGUCAACGUGGGCGGCAUCGUGGCCGCGGUUGUGGUCCUGCUGAUGGUGCUGGCGCUCGUGGCCUUCGGCGUCUGGUUCGCCUACACGCGGGGCUUCUUCAGCAGUGACACCACCAGCAAGAAGGUCAUUUACAGCCAGCCCUCGCACCGGAGCGAAGGAGAGUUCAAACAGACGUCGUCCUUCCUGGUGUGAAGCGUUGCCGGAGCUGCUGCUCCCUCACCAAGAACUGUUGUAAAUGUUUCUGAAUUACUGUAGCUAUGCCAUGAUUUUAAUUUUUUUUUUUUUUUUAAGUGUCACGUGGUGCCUUUUCAGUGUCACUUCAGCCCCCCUUGAUUUUUCAGGGGAGGUCUCAUGUCUCAUCCUUUUUCCCCCCCCCCCCCCCCCCCUUUGGCUACCCGAUGCCUUAUUCCCUUCCCCUACGUCCCCGUGGGAGCCACGUCCCGGCCGUGACUCGGAGGGGGCCGGUCCUGCCUCUGCCCCGUACCCGGCGCUGGGCUCGUUCCGUGGUCUAAACCACUUGUGUGAUGACUUCUGGUUUCCAUUGCUGGCAAUAAAUAAAACCCAUGUCCCUGUA